CAUUACACCCAAAUCCAGAAAUUUGAAGCAGAUCACCACCAGUUCUGUACCAUGCAGUCCAACUCGAAUGUUCGGCAUGGUGUACCCAACGAUGGCCACAGUAAUAGCUCCUCCUCCCAGGGCGCUCAUGCCACAAGGUUGCCAGGAGAAGAACCUUGCCAGCAUGGAGGGGAUGUUCACAUUCAAGUAACCUCAGCUACUGGGGAGCCCGAGGUAAAUGCUGGCUCCAGGCAACAUUUGCGGUUGGGGACUCAUAGUCGACCGCAUGGCCAGUCGCCCGGUGAAGCGAGAGGAGGUCAUCCUGGGGGUUCAGCUAUGGAAGAACAAAGGGACAGUUCUCUCUCUGAGUUCAAAUACCUCCUUCAGUGGCUGCACAGGAGUGUCCCGUACAUCUUGAUUUUGUCCAUCAAAGUUCUCAUGCAGCAUAUAAUUGGCAUUUCUCUGGGAAUUGGGCUGCUCACAACUUUUAUGUAUGCAAACAAAGCCAUUGUAAAUCAGGUUUUCCUAAGAGAAAGGUGCUCCAGGCUACGGUGUACCUGGUUGCUGCUGUUCCUGACGGGAUCGUCUGUUCUCCUGUAUUACACCUUCUACUCUCAGUCCCUUCAUUACAGCCUGGUCCUUUUAAGUCCUACGGUGAAUUUUUUGAACUUCUGGGAGGUCCUGUGGAUUGUGGGAAUCACAGACUUUGUUUUGAAGUUUCUCUUCAUGAGCUCCAAAUGCAUGAUUCUCCUGCUGCCUUGUUUUAUCAUGUCUUUUAAAUCCAAGGGUUACUGGUAUAUGCUCUUAGAAGAACUCUGCCAGUGCUAUUGUAAGAUUGUUCCUGUUCCUGUUUGGUUUCGAUAUUUUGUUGGCUUAAGGGAAUCGGAUGGCACAUUAGGGUGGAGUUUUGGAGUCUUGCUGGCUUUGCUAUAUCUUAUACUAAAGCUUUUGAGUUUCUUUGGACAUCUGAAAAACUUCAGACGGGUCUUGCGGAUAUUUUAUACACGACCAAGCUAUGGAGUAGUGGCCAGCAAGAGACAGCGUGCUGAAGCAGAUGAUCUUUGCUCAAUUUGUCAAGCUGAGUUUCAGAAGCCGGUUGUCCUCCUCUGCCAGCACAUAUUUUGUGAAGAAUGCAUCGCUCUGUGGCUUAACAGAGAGAAGACAUGUCCGCUCUGUCGAACUGUUCUUUCCAGUCACGUCAACAAGUGGUACGAUGGGGCAACCUCUGCACAAUUACAACUCUAUUAAACAAACUUAAAAAGAAAAAAAAACCGGCUGUGUGCUUCACACUAUGGACUCAUUUGAAUGCCAGGCAUGCCAGUUUUAGAGGAUGGGACUGGAAGGAGAAUGGGGUGCAGAAGGAAUAAUGCCUUGAAUGUUCCCUCCACAACAGUAUUUGAAUUCGUUCAGAUACCAACCACAAGUACUUCUUAAGUUUCCAUAUGGAAUUAGCCCUUUCAAUGCUGCUUCGGGGAAAUUCUCAAACUUCUGAGUAUCACGGAUUUUUUUACCAUCAGUUUGCUACCAAAUCAACAAAGGGAUCCCUUUAGUGCGGGGUUCCUCAACCUCAGCAACUUUAAGAUGGGUGGACUUCAAUUCCCAGAAUUCUGGGAGUUAAAUCUUAAAGUUGCUGAGGUUGAGGAACCCUGCUUUAGUGCACCCCAUACAGCAUCUAGUGUGCGCAAUCUUUAGAUUCUGAUCGAGAGAAUCUACCUUAUAGGAUUUGACGUGUUUGUCCUCUUGGAUGCCGUGAUCAUCGUAACCGGCCAUCACAUGGUGAGAAUCAUGAAAUGCCUUCUGCUUUCCAUUUCCAUAAAUCUCAAUUUCAAUUAUGCAAAUGUGGAUGAAUUUUCUACUUUUGUAAGUCUGAAUUUUAGAGAACAAAGAUUUGGUCUAUAUUUUAUCAAAAGCAGCUAGAUUUUUACUAAAGAGGAAAGCUGUAUUUUAGUGAUACUUUAAAAAAAUGUAGCAUAUAGUUGAUGAAAAUAAAUGCAGUUUGAAUCUA